AUGCACUCCGGUAUUGAACCUAGACCACCCAUACACGGUCUUUUCAUCGCAAUCGGCCAGUUGGAGCGCUAUGGGCGGGAAACCCCGCGCCGCAGAGGGCGGGACAUUUCCGAGAAAUCUCUUUCAAGCCCUGAGAUCGACGCCGGCAAAGCCCUCCUGGUCGAAGUGCAAACCAGAUCUCUACCCACAUUGCAGCGGCAGCUCCACGGCUUAAUGCGAUCAUUAGCCACAGGGCCUUUAAAUGAAGAAGAGUCCGAAUCCGAUCGAAAAAUCACCAAUGCCCUCGAGUUCGCUCUACAACUCGGUGCCACCCUCAAUCUAAUCGACCGUUCUCUCGCUUCCCUCGCUUCCGCUCCCAUCUCGGAGGAACUCGGAUUUACCUGCAAGAUAGAUCAUGAGUACGGUGUUUUGAAGAGAUACAAGUGUAUCGAUCUUGUCCAGAAAUUUGAUCGUCUUCUAUGGCGCGAAUUCGCCAAUUUGUUUGGCCUUUAUUUCAGCUUGAUUGAGCUGUACCAUUCCAACAUACAUUUUCCGAUUCCUGCAUUUCUUUCCAAUUUGGACCUGGAGGUUCCCAGACUCCAAGGUAAAAUAAUCAAAAACACUGAUGAAACCUGCCGCAGUAUUGAUGCUAUAAUCCGAUCGUCCAAAGGAUCCGAUUUUGGCUUUCUCCAAGACUUAUGGCGGGUUGACGGCAACCGUCUUGGUGACUGUCACGACCAAUUGUCCGAGUCUACCCUACGUCUUGGAACUGACAGCAACGACCCCACUACAUCAUCACAGGGAAAUUUACUUCUAAACCUAGAUCGUAAGCAUCGUCUCCAGCGAGCUGAACCACUUGCCCUAAUAGGCGUGAGAUUCUUCGACAAAUUGGUGGGCACCUACUAUGCUAAAACAUCAUUCACGCUCAGUCCUAGCAUCGUGAGAAGCUUCACCCGGUCCGGACCAGCAAACGAAGACGACCUUCAUGCCGAAAUGGGAAAGAUAUUGGUUUGGAGCAAGGAACUGUCCCGUCAUUUUGAUUCCUCUAUGACGCUUUUCGCAUUUUUUCUUAUUCCUGACCCUUCUCGAAUCGAUCCUCCUUUCCCUGAAGAUCUUCUCAGAUCUUCGUUCUUUGAAUUGCGAUCUGAACUCCACCUGGCCCUAGAACAACUCUUGGCGGCUGAUAGAAAGUUAGAAACAUUGGUUGAUUAG